GCAAUCAAUGAAUAUAUGCAAACUAAUUAAACCCUUAAUUCGAAACUGAUACUAGCAGAUACUAGCAGUGUCAACAAUGUCGAACUCUACUUCCAGUGCGGAUGGUGAAGACGACCUUUUAAGCUUUGAGAAGUUAGACAGAUCUUCACCAGACCUCUGGCCAGAACAAAUUCCAGGUGUCUCAGAGUUUGCUUCACUUAAGAGUCCUCUCUCCAGACCAGGAACGUCUCCUAAAUGGAUGGCUGAACUAGAGAAUGAAGAUAUUGGGCUACUACAAGAGUUUGGUAGUCUGACAACAUCGCAGUUGAUGGAGAAAAUCAAGGGAUUACAAAACCUAGCUUAUCAGUUAGGGCUAGAUGAAGCACGAGAGAUGACUAGAGGGAAAUUUUUGAACAUCUUACAGAAGAAGUUUUGAUUUUCUCAUAAGACAAUGUAUUAUAGUUAUGUUUUAUUGUAACAGAAGAGUUAAAAUUAUAAAUUUUAUCUUCAGAUGUUAUUCAUUUUAAUGUGCAAUAGAAUAAAUAUUGACUGUAUAUUAAA